AUGAAGAAGAUUUUUGGCUUCAGGAGUAAGGGCCCAUCGCCCUUAGGCCCCUCUGGCCGCCCGCGGAGCAACUGCGUGGGCUUUGGACGUGAGAGUGCUAGUGGCUCCCACGUGCCCAGGUACCACAUUCAUGACAAGGAUAUGGGAAAGAUCCACAAGGCUGCAAGUGUGGGUGAUGUAGCCAAAGUGCAGCAUAUCCUUAUCCUUGGGAAAUGUGGCGUGAACGAUAGAGACAAGAAGGACAGGACUGCUCUACAUCUUGCCUGUGCUUACGGCCACCCAGAAGUGGUGACUCUCUUGGUAGAGAGAAAAUGCGAGGUAGAUGCCUGUGACGGCGAGAACUGCACCGCUCUCAUUAAGGCCGUACAAUGCCAGGAAGAAGAAUGUGCAGCUAUCCUGUUGGACCACGGUGCUGAUCCAAAUGUGAUGGACAGCAGUGGCAACACUGCCCUUCACUAUGCGGUCUACAGUGAGAACACGUCCAUAGCUGCCAAACUGCUCGCACACAAUGCAAAUAUAGAAGCCAAAAACAAGGAUGACCUAACACCUGUGUUACUUGCUGUAAAGGAAAAUAAACAGCAUAUUGUGGAAUUUUUAGUAAAGAAGAAAACAAGUAUGCAUGCAGUUGAUCAGCUUGGAAGCAACAGGCAAAUAUUUGAAUAUGAUGGGAAGAGACUAAAAAACUCUGAAAACAGCAAUCCAGUGGAUAAUGGUUCUGAAGAUGGCUCUUUAACCAGGUCUUCUAACACGCCUGAUCCUGCUGAUUCCUGGCCCACAUCAGAUGAGGAUGACUAUAACUUUGAUACCAAGAAUGUCCCCAAAAUUAAUUUAACGGAGUUGUGGACCGCUGCUCAGCAGUCUAAGGAAAAACAAACAAAAUGUGGCUUUGAAGAACUAGACAAUAGAGCCCUGUUUGACGAUAGUAAUUCCACUAGUGAAAAUGACGACGCCAUUGAGAUUGAGCCUGCAUCAUCAGCCAGAGUCCAGACCCUCUCUCCGUCCUGUCAGUCACCCGACCCUGUGGAAGGAGCAACUGAGCCAGCAAUUGAAGGAGAAGAAAACGGUACCGAUAUUAUUGAGAGCGCAUCACAGGAACAGCCAAAUCAUGGCAAUUUAACCCGUGCUGAUGGUUGGCACAAAAGUAAUAAAAGUGAAAUGAUGUCUGCGUUAGGAUUAGGAGAAGAUGAAGAUGGAGACUCCCCUUGGGAUUCUGAGAGUAUCUCCGAGAGUGUUUCACUGAGAGACAUAGGUCACUUAUCUGGGACUGCAGAUCACACUGGAAAGAUACAUGGACAGAUAGAAGAUGUGACUUAUAUACCUUCUUGCAUGAGUGGAUCAAGAAACUUUAAGAUGGCUAAACUAGAGGAGUCAAGAAAUGUAGGCAUUCCAGUAGCCCACAUGGAGGCCCCCAGAAAAUAUCCAGUGAUGGAGCCUACCAUUGAAAGGAGGGCUCCUGUUCUGAACAAAACCAAGACAGUGGGAAUGAAGGAUGUACAAACGUUGAAAUCAGAGCCAGGAACAGUAUCAAGAGAGGAGCAGACACGUCUCAGUGGCACUGAGGACAGCCAGCCGAAGGUUGAAGAAAAGAGAAAAUACAAAAAUAAUGAAGCAGAACUAUCAGGAAAUCUACACAGAGGUGCUGCUGACAGUGGUGCUGAUGUAAAGCCCCAGACUGGAGACACUGAUAACCAGCAGUUUCCCAGGAAGGGGAGUGAGGGACAUGGCAGUGGUCCUGCCUUGCUUAUGAAGGAAGCAAAGAAAAAGGGAAGUGAAAAAUGGCUAUCCAAAGAGUCUGUUGUGACGGCAGUGACUGAGAGCGCUGGCUCACCAGCUGGUGGCUCGCUACAAAUGCAGGAUGACUCCCGCUGGAGUGACACGGACCAAAGUGAAUCCAGGCCCACAAAGAAAACAUCUAAUAAAAAUAACAAGGACAGCAAGCAGACUGCUGCCGUGGGCAACCUCGACGACUUCACUGAGUCAUCUGAAACAACCUCCGAGGACCAUGAGCUCCAGGGCCCCGAUUACGAGAGCAUUUUGUGUGAAAUCGAGCAUCUCAGACUGGAGUGUAAAGAUACUGUUAGUCUAUUGAAAAUCCGGGAUGCUGUUUAUUCAUACAAAAGAUUAAUAGAACUUAAAAGAAGCCACUGCGAACUACUUACAGGAAAACUGAAAAGAAUGGAGAACAGAUAUAAGGGAUUACAGCAGGAAGUGUCAGAGACAGAAGAAGUGAAGUCACGGCUGGAGCAUGAGAAGGUCGGAUGGGAGCAGGAGCUCUGCAGGCUGAGGUUUGCACUGAAACAAGAGGAAGAGAAGAGAAGAAGUGCAGAUCAGCUUUCUGAGAAAACCGUGGAGCAACUUAGAAGGAGAGGCGAGCAGUAUCAGAGCGAGGUGGAAGCCAGGCAGCAGCUUGAAGUCUCUCUCAGGACCCUGGAGAUGGAGCUGAAGACGAUGAGAAGUCACCUCAACCAGGUUUUAGAGGAACGAAAUGAGGCUCAGCGGCAGCUUUCCCGAGAACAGAAUGCCAGAAUGUUACAAGAUGGGAUUCUUGCAAAUCAUCUCUGCAAGCAAAAGGAGCUAGAGAUGACACAGAAGAAAAUGACUUCUGAGGUUUCUGUUAGUCAGGAAAAAGAAAAAGAUCUAUUGGAUAAAAACCAGAGGCUGCAGGAUGAAGUUGCUGUGUUAAGACUAGAAAUGGACACAAUAAAAAACCAUAACCAGGAGAAGGAAAAGAAGUAUCUUGAGGAUAUUAAGAUUGCAAAUGAGAAGAAUGAUAAUCUUCAAAGGAUGAUAAAGCUGAAUGAAGAAACAUUUACAAAAACAAUAUUCCAGUAUAGUGGACAGCUUAAUAGUCUUAAAACUGAGAACACAAUGCUGAAUUCUAGGCUGGACAACGAAAAACAAAGUAAGGAGAGAUUGGAAACAGACAUUGAGUCGUUCCGAUCUCAACUGGCUUCCGCUCUGCAUGAGCAUGCUGAAAUUCAGACAGCAAAGAGAGACCUAGAAACGGCUUUCCAGAGAGCAAGAGAUGAGUGGUUCCGUCUGAAAGACAAGAUGAAUUUUGACAUGUCUAACCUCAGAGACAGCAAUGAGGUUCUCUCCCAGCAGCUUUCUAAAACUGAAAGAAAAUUGAAUAGCCUGGAAAUCGAGUUUCAUCACACAAAAGACGAGCUCAGAGAGAAGACGCUGGCUUUGAAGCAUGUGCAGAGAGACCUCAGCCAGACACAGUGCCAGAUGAAGGAGGUGGAGCACAUGUUUCAGGAUGAGCAAGGGAAAGUGAAUAAAUACAUGGGAAAGCAGGAGUCCAUAGAGGAGAGGCUGGCUCAGCUGCAGAGUGAGAACACGCUGCUCCGACAGCAACUAGACGAUGCUGCCAACAAGGCCGAGAGCAAAGACAAGACAAUAGUGACCAUCCAAGACCAGUUCCAGGAUGUGCUAAACAGAUUCCAAGCUGAGAGUCAGAAGCACAGCCUGAGGCUAGAAGACAGAAACCAGGAGUUAAUCAUUGAGUGCAGUCAUCUAAAAGAAAGAAUGUGUCAGUACGAGACUGAGAAAGCAGAAAGAGAAGUAGUUGUAAGACAACUUCAACAAGAACUGGCAGAUACCCUGAAAAAGCAGUCAAUGUCAGAGGCUUCGCUAGAAGUUUCCUCCCGCUACCGCAACAAUUUAGAAGAGGAGGCACGAGACUUAAAGAAGAAAUUAAGUCAGGUCAGAAGUCAGUUGCAAGAGGCACAGGAUCAACACAGAGAGGCUGUACAGCGUGCUGAGAAGAUGGAAGACCACCUACAAAAGCUUGAACUUGAAAAUUCCAAGUUCGAAGUUACAAUAAAAAAGCAAUCAGAGGAAAUCAAACAACUUCAGGAAAACCUGUCAAAUGUGAAUUUGUCUGAAGAGGAUAAGGAAAAACUGAAGAAGCUUAUGGAGUUGAAAGAGUCUCUGGAAUAUACUUUGGAUCAAGAACAGAAGAGAAGUGGUGCUUUAGAAAAGGAACUGACAGAAUUUAAGGAAGUAUUAAAAAUGACCAAAAAAGAAUUAAAUGAAUAUGAAAACAGAGAACUUAAUCUUCUUCAAGAUAUAAAAAGCAAUCAACUUGAAAUGGAUAUCCCAGUUAAUACACUAAUAAAAAAGAUUGAUGAUCUUACAGCAAAACUGGAAACUGCAUCUUCAAAAUGUCUACAUCUGGGUAAAAAAAAUCAGCUGCUCCAGCAGGAAUUACUCUUGAUGAGAAGUAUACAAAAGAAGUGUGGGAAACUAGAGAAGAAUAAAAAGCAAUUGGAGCAGGAGGUGGUGAGCCUCAGAAGUCACAUGGAGAAGAACAUGGUGGAGCACAGUCAAGUGCAGCAGUAUGCGCGGGAGGUCGAAGAGCGGGCGAGGCAGGACUUGGUGGAAAAAUUAAAACAGGUCAACCUCUUCUUGCAGGCUCAAGCAGCAUCCCAGGAGAACUUGGAGCAGUUAAGAGAGAACAGUAACGCUUCAGUUAGAAGUCAGAUGGAGCUCAGGAUCAAAGACCUGGAAUCCCAGCUCUACAAAAUGAAAGCCCAGGAAGACUUUGAUAAAAUAGAACUAGAAAAGUAUAAGCAGCUCUACCAAGAAGAGUUCAGAGUUAGAAAGUCGCUGUCAAGUAAACUAAACAAGACUAGUGAGAAGCUGGAGGAGGCCAGCACCAAGCUGCUCCUGGAGGAGCAGCAGAACAGGUCUUUGCUGAACACUCUAAGUACAAGGCCUGUUGUAGAGUGUCCUUGUGUUGGAAGUCUUCAUAAUAGUUUGGUAUUCAACAGAACUCUUAUUCCAAGAGAAAACAUAGUGGUUCCUACCUCAGGCCUACAGCCAUCAAAUAAAAGAGUGGAGAUCUACCUGACCAAGAUGCAUCAAGAGUUGGAAAAAAGUAUAAACAGAGAACUUAAAGAAGCUACUGCUGAACUUGAAUCUGAGUUCUGCAGAGUUUCUCCCCUUGGAUCUGCUACUAAACCAAGCCAAGAUCUACUCUCAGAAGCAUCACAAGAAUAUAUAGACAUUUUAAAGAAAAAAUAUAUGAUCUGCUGAAUUUAAAAGAGAAAAAGGAAGGAAAGGCGUGAAAGUAGAAGUGGGACUGUCUGGGAGAAGGACCAAAGGGAGAGAGGACCGGAGCAGAUAAAGGGGUGUACGCCGUGUGUGUGUGUGUGUGUGUGUGUGUGUGUGUGUGUGUGUGUGUCUGAAAUGUCUCAACAGCCUGGGUAUGGUGGCACGUGUCUUUGACUCUAGCACCUGGGAAGCAGAGGCUGGUAGAUCUCUGAAUUCAAGGACAAUCAGAGCUACGUGUCUCACACAGAAAAAUAAAGUCAUAAUGAAACCUGCUAUUUUAUACAAAUAAUACACAUUAAUAUAUAUGAUCUAAAAUAUGAUAUU